UGAGAACACAUCACUGUAAAAUUAAGAGAGAGUAAUGUGAAAUGUUAUAUGUUUUAUCGGUUGUCAAUAGCGGUUGUGAUUUUAAGAUAAAUAGGACAAAUACGCUAUGGCAGACUCGUCUUACGAAAAAGGAUUGACUGAAUUGUCAAAAAUGAAGGUGACUGAUUUGAGAGCAGAAUUAAAACAAAGAGGACUUCCCACUGUGGGCAAUAAAAACGAAUUAGUAGAAAGGCUUCAAUUGGCAAUCCAAGGAGAUUCUGCCUUAUCCUUGGAUGAAACCACAGAAGAAAUUUUAGAUGAAGAUGAAGUACUUGGUGAUGAAGAAAUAGAAGAAUUAUCCAGUAAACCAGAUUCACAGGUGCUCCCUGAAAAACGGAAAUUGUCCGUGGAGAACAAUAAUACUAAUGCGAAAAAAAUAGUGCUGAAUCGCAAACCUGUACUUGAAGAAAUUAAAAAUGAUCAAGUGGAAAAAAAUGAAAAUAAAAAUGUAAAAGAAUCUGAUACUGCAUCACCAGAGAAAAAAAUUAUUAAACUAUCAGAACUCAGCACAAAAGAGAGAUUAGAGAUGAGAGCUAAGAAAUUUGGAAUGCCGUUAUCUGAGGCUGCAAAAAAAGAAGCUAGGUUAGCUCGAUUUAAUAUUAAUAAUCAAAAUAAUAAAUCAGCCGCAUCUAUAAAGACGCCUGUGAAUACUACUUAUGAUACAUUGAAGAAACGUGGGGAAAGAUUUGGAACUUCCGUAUCUAGUUUAAUGGAAAAAGCCGAAUUAGCUGAACGAUUGGAAAAAAGGAAAGCUAGAUUCGGUGAAGUACAGCCCGUCGAAAAUAAAGUAUCUUACAAUAAAAUUAAAAUUGUUAAAUGAUAUUCGGUGUUAUAUACUAAGACGACGAUUUAAACGAACGAAAAGACGAACUAGAAUAUAAGUUUUAAAUUAAAUUUAUCUUAUUUUCAAUAAAGCUAUUAUAUAUAUA